CGAACGUUCCUUGUCUUACUACGGUCAUGUCGAAACUGACAUACAUCAAGAAAGAUAUUUUUUCGGCGCCUAAGAACUCCAUCUUAGUUCAUGCAUGCAAUGCUAGAGGCUCUUGGGGUGCUGGAAUCGCAUUAGCGUUUCGCGAGCGGUACCCAGAUGCUUACACCGUGUACCAACAACACUGCAAAGUAAACGGCUCAGCAAUAGUAGGAACUUGCCUUCUAAUCCCAGGCGAGCACCACGACAUUGCAUGCUUGUUCACAUCGAAGGCGUACGGCAGACAGAAGGACAACCCGGAGCAGAUUCUGGCUGCUACAAGGACCGCGAUGGGCGAUUUGAUGAGACAAAAUACCAACGGGAAAAAGAUACAUGCUUGCCAAAUAAAUUCUGGCAAGUUUGGGGUGCCAUGGGUCGAUACCGAAAGAAUACUCGAAGAAUUGAAUGUGGAGAUGACAAUCUACGAUCCUGUGGUCCCCACCACAUAGAAGGGUUCGACAAGAGCCCCGUAUUAUCUGUACUGCUGCGCCUUUGGACGCACUCAUUUUAUCCUUGUACUUACAUCGAGACAAAUCGGACCGUGACAGUCUGUUCUAUUAUGAUGUCAAGAAUCUUCAACUUUGCCUACGUCGACG